UUACAGUAUGCGCGGCGGUGUACCAAGGAGCCUCAAUGAUUAUAGAUCUUUCUUGGACUCCAUGGAACGCUGUUGACCAAUUAUGUUUGGACACUGGUCUCCCGUUAGUGAGGAGCCAACUUGGGUCUCAGAGUCUCAUGACAGCGCUGGAUAGCUAUUUGGAGACUAGGAACGCGACCGACGCCGCCAUUUUACUGGAAAAUGAGAUUGAGGUGGACAAAACUCUUUACGAACUGCUCGGGAGGUCCAACAUUCGAGUCUGGGUGCACGCUGGGUUGACCAGGGACUCCGCCAGGUCCCUGAAGACUAUGAGACCGGAGCCGAGUUUCUACGUCAUAGUUGGAAGCAAUGGGUUCGUCAUGGAUACUUAUAGACGGGCAUUAAAAGAGAAGUUAGUCCGCCGAAACUACCGCUGGAACCUGGUAUUCACCGACUACUCCGCUGGCAACGUGGACAUGUCUCAACUUGUUCUGCCGACUGUACUCCUGUCCAUCGACCAAUCGGAGUGCUGCAAGAUUUCAGGGCAAAGGGAAGAGUGCAGCUGUUCAGGAGACGUGCAGAGAACACAGCACAUCAUCACGUCUCUCCUCCAAUACAUCACCGAAGUCUACUCCAAACUGGACCACGAACUCCAAUACUUGACUGUCAAGAUGGACUGUCAGGAUGCAGUGGGGGGUACGGAGUUGAACGUUACAAGAGAGAGAGUUUAUAGACAAUUCGCUGAUGACGGUGAUAUGAGUAAUGAUACUCUGUUCUAUUGGAACGCUGAAAGAACGGGACUCUUUCUCCGCUCUCGGUUCGUCCUGACCAUUUAUAAGCCCGACGAGGAUCUUCAGACGGUCGCGACCUGGUCAGCUGACGAGGAAUACCGUCUGCUCCCGGGCGUUGUACUGGAACCGCUGAAGAUGUUCUUCAGGAUUGGGACUUCAACGGCCGUACCUUGGACUCUGCCGAAGCUGGACCCGGUGACAGGUCAGCACAUGACAGAUGAAGAGAACCAACCCGUGUACGAGGGAUACUGUAUUGAUCUCAUCGCAAAACUAGCUGAGACCAUGAACUUCGAUUAUGACAUCGUCACCCCCAAAACGGGGGGGUUUGGAAAGAAGCUUCCAAACGGCUCCUGGGACGGCGUGGUUGGAGAUCUGAUGCGUGGGGAGACGGACAUAGCGGUCGCGGCUCUAACAAUGACAGCUGAGCGGGAAGAGGUGAUAGAUUUCGUCGCUCCAUAUUUUGAGCAGACUGGCAUUCUUAUUGCAAUAAGAAAGCCGAUUCGGAAAACUUCGCUGUUCAAGUUUAUGACCGUUCUACGGACAGAGGUGUGGUUAAGUAUCGUGGCAGCUCUCCUCUUGACUGGUUUUAUGAUUUGGCUCCUGGACAAGUAUUCACCAUAUUCUGCGAGAAAUAAUCCCGAUGCGUAUCCGUAUCCUUGCAGGGAAUUCACUCUGAAAGAGAGCUUUUGGUUCGCGCUAACGUCUUUCACGCCCCAAGGAGGGGGGGAGGCGCCCAAGGCCCUCUCCGGGAGGACCUUAGUCGCCGCUUACUGGCUGUUCGUGGUGUUGAUGUUGGCCACGUUCACUGCAAACUUAGCUGCAUUUCUGACCGUGGAGAGGAUGCAGACCCCGGUCUCGUCUUUGGAGCAAUUGGCCCGCCAGUCCAGGAUCAACUACACGGUGGUGGAGGGCUCCACGAUUCACCAGUACUUCAUCAAUAUGAAAUUUGCUGAGGACACGUUGUACAGAGUGUGGAAAGAAAUAACAUUGAACGCGACGUCUGAUCAAGCGCAGUACAGAGUUUGGGAUUACCCAAUCAGAGAGCAGUAUGGACACAUACUGUUAGCUAUUAAUGCUUCAGGUCCAGUUCCAGAUGCUAAAACAGGUUUUGAGCAAGUAAACGAACAUACGGAUGCAGAUUUCGCAUUCAUACACGAUUCAGCUGAAAUUAAAUACGAAGUGACAAGGAAUUGUAAUCUGACAGAGGUGGGUGAGGUAUUCGCAGAGCAGCCGUACGCCAUAGCCGUGCAGCAAGGCUCCAGGUUACAGGAGGACCUGUCCAGAGCUCUGCUGGAGCUGCAGAAGGAGAGGUUCUUGGAACAGCUGGCCUCAAAAUACUGGAACGAGUCCGCAAGACAGGCGUGCCCAGAUGCUGAUGAGUCUGAAGGGAUUACUCUUGAAAGUUUAGGUGGCGUCUUCAUAGCUACGCUGUUCGGAUUGGGUCUAGCCAUGAUCACUUUAGCUUGGGAAGUAUUCUAUUACAAAAGAAAAGAGAAGAACGAAGUCAAAGCUUUGGAUAACAUAGAAAAAACCGCCGCUGAUCCGCAGAAGAAGCCAGUGAAGAAAAUUGAUAAUUUUACUAAAAUCAGAAAAAGAGGGAAAGCCGAUAAGUCGAAAGGAAAGAGUGUAACUAUUGGUGACAGUUUUAAACCGGCCGCUGAUAAGAUUUCUUAUAUAAGUGUGUACCCUAAAGGGGAUUAUAGACCUUAGGUUCUUACAUACAUACAUAAAAUCACGCUUCUUUCCCGGAGGGGUAGGCAGAGACUACCUCUUUCCACUUGCCACGAUCACUGCACAUUUCCUUCGCUUCAUCCACAUUCAUAACUCUCUUCAUGCAAGCUCGGCGGUUAAGUUAAGUAGGUUUAGGUUUCCCUUAGGUUCUUAAAUAGCUUAAUUAUUGCAACUUAAAUUAUUGUUAAUAUUUAUGU